GGUUCAGAUGGAAUUCUCCUUUAAAAGCUGUAUCGCGAUCUUUUAUGGCGGAAAGAAGAGUGAUUGCACCGCCAUGGAUCCCUACAAGGUUUUGAGGAUCUCCCGUAACGCCGAUGGCUCCCUCACCAGAGACGCCAUUUUCCCCCUUUCUCCUCCCUCCUCCGACGCCGCCGUCCUCUGCCGCGACCUCCCGCUCGACUCCGCCCGCCGCACCGGUAUUCGACUCUUCCUCCCCUUACCCUCUUUGCCUCCCGCCGGAUCCAAGCUCCCGGUCAUAGUCUACAUCCACGGUGGCGGAUUCAUCAUCUUCCGAGCCGCUUCCUCCCCCUUCCACGGCCUCUGCUCCCGCCUCGCGGCUGCCCUCCCCGCCGUCGUCCUCUCCGUCGACUACCGCCUCGCUCCGGAGCACCGCCUGCCCGCUGCCUUCGAGGACGCCCUCGACGCCCUCUUCUGGCUCCGGGCCCACGCCACGGGGGCCUCUGCGGAGGGAAACCUCCCCUUCCCGCUCACGGAAUGCGCCGACUUCUCCCGCUGCUUCCUCAUGGGCGACAGCGCGGGCGCGACCAUCGCCUUCCACGCUGCCCUCCGCGCGGCGGCGAUCCAGGACUCCUUGGCCCCGCUGAGCAUCGCUGGCCUGGUGCUGGACCAGCCUUACUUCGGAGGAAUCGAGCGGACUGAUUCCGAGGAGAGGCUGAAGAAUGGCAAGAUCCUAUCUUUGGCGGAGAACGACUUAAUGUGGGAGCUGGCGUUGCCGGAGGGCGUCGACAGGGACCACGAGUACUCCAACCCGUUUAAGAACGAAGAGAAGCUAUUCGCCGGACUGCGUGAUUUCCCGCCGUGCUUGGUCAGAGGACAUACCGGAGAUCCACUUCUUGACCGGCAAAAGGAGUUCGCGAGGUUGUUGCAGAGGAGGGGAGUGAUCGUGGUGACGAGCUUGGAGUCCGACGGCUGUCACGGCGUCGAGCUGAUCGAUCCCAGCAAGGAAGCGGAGGCGGUGGCGGAGGCAAAAAAGUUCAUCUGCGGCGACGGUGGAGCUGAAGCACCUCCUUCAGCUCCGAUCGAAUCGCAGACGCUGUAAUUAAAACAACAUCAUCAUCUUUGUUUUGAGGUACUCUGUGCUUUUCACUCUUAAACAUAGAAAAAUUCCUCCUAUUGAAAUAAAGAAUUCAUGUGAAUUCUCUAAAACAUUUCCGUCUUUAUCAGAA